GCCCAUGAUAUAAUGUCAACUUUUUCAAUGAACAUUGCAAAGUGCAGCUUUAGAAGUGGCUUUUUAUUGGUACUCUGCGCGAUAAACUACUCUUAAGUCAUGUGAACAGAUAAAAUGUGUCUUUAAUAUACAUCGAGUGAGCUGACAAAACGUUUGUAAAUGUUCUUUCAUCGAGGGAACGUAGUCGAAAGGCACCCCCACCCCGCUCUUGAUCUCUGACACAGGGACCACUAUCACGUUUGUUUUCAUGUUUUACUCCCCUCCUUCUCGCCUCCUGUCAUCGCAGCAUGUCACAGGGGCAGAAGAGAGCCAUCGACCAGGAUCCAGACUACGAGUCGAUUCCUCUGCAGGCGCAGCAGAAGAGACUUAAGUUGCACGAACAAGAUGCCAAGGAGGCCGCUGUCAAGAAAAUUGAGCAGAUCGUGCGAAACCAGUUCUGCAAUGAAAUCUCAGCCCGAGAGGCUGAAUUGGAUCUCAUUAACAAGAGAAUCUACCAGGCCCAGUUGAUGCUUGAUCGCCUGCGCGUAGGCAUCAUUACCAAGUACUAUGCCACUGGUGGACAGGCUGCAGUGGAAAGUUGUGGAACGUCGACCCGUGGUGGCUGGGAGGAUAGCCAGCAAGCCCUGGCCAGUGUACAUCCGACUGUUCGCAAGUUCCUGGGAAAGGCGCCACCUGCCCACUUGCAAACUGACGAAGGUCAUCACCAGAACCAUGCGGAAUCGAGAUCCUCACUCACUUUGGUCACAGAGGACUCCAAGGAAGGGACUGCUUCCAGGCUCGCAGUGAAGAAUACAGCGCAGCUCUCCGAGAAAGAAGCGGAAGCAGGAAAAAAUACGACCACUUCAAGAAUCAGCAGAGGACCUCGAUGCAAGGACAAAGUACGAGUUAUCGUUGGCAACGUCUCCAAGUACAUUCCACUUGACAGGCGAGAUGACGGUGGUGGAGAUCAGGCGACGCACAAGUGGCUAGCCUACGUGCGGACAGCACCGGAGGAGCGCUGUACCAUCAGUGAUCUGGUGCAACGUGUACGCUUCUUCCUGCACCCCAGCUACCGGCCGCACGACCUGGUUGAGAUCACGGAGCCGCCGUUCCAAGUUCAGCGCAAGGGCUGGGGCGAGUUCCCGCUUCGAGUGCAGCUGCAUUUUCAUGACCGCUGGACGAAGCAUGUCGACAUCAUACACCAGCUCAAGCUGGACAAGACUUACACAGGUCUGCAAACACUCGGAGCAGAAACGGUUGUCGACCUCUGGUUGCCUGCCUCAGCAACAAGAUCUGAGAACUCAUCCACUGCUGCUAAUGAACUCAGCAUUUCUAAUGGAGGCGUGAAUAACAGAAGUGCAGGGCCAGACAAAAAAGUGAUGCAGUCAACUUCAGCACCAAGCAAUGAAACCACUGUUGCUGACAAAGUCGAAAAUGAGUCUAAAAUUAACAUGGUUGACUCCAAAAAUAUUUCACCAGAUGAUCCAGCAUCGCAACACGCAGAAACUUCCAGCACGACAGAAUUUGCGCAUGCUGUGUCGUCAGUCCUGCCAACUGAACCGCCCUGUGAAUUGGCUGAACAGAUGGAAACUGAGCGAGGAGUCAGCACCGACAAUGCGGUCACUGAUUCUUGUACAACACAGCUAAUGGAAGUCGGUAUCUCACAGUUGCGAGAAGCAAAGGAGAGCGUUAGCAAAGCAACUGCUAGUACAGUCAUACAAAUGCCAUCAGCAGCAACAGUAUUGACCGGAACAGCUUCAUCGCCUGUCGACAUUGCACCUAAGCCAGUACUGUCAAAGGCCUCUGUGGCAGUUAGUCCAAAUGGUGUCGUCUCACCAACAUUCGUGAAAUGCACCGAUGCCCUCGGUAGGGUGCUGCUCAUCCCAGCAACAUCACUCCUCUCGGCUUCCAGUUCCCUUGUACAACAGGCAACGGUGUCACAGCAGCCAUCACUUCUACGGCCCAAUAGUGCUUCUAGUGUAAGAACAGCACUCGGUGGCACAAACGUUUCUGUUAGUACUGCAGUUUCUGCGGCUGUUCCGAAACCUUUGAGCUUGGUGCUGGCAAGUCCCAGUAUUUGUACUUCAGGUGCAUCAGCUGUGAACAUCGCCACAGUUGCGGCUACAUCAGGUACUUCCCCACUCAAAGGAAGCACUGCCAUUGGAGUGACUCCAGAGACAAUGGCUCCGUUUUUGUCCAUAACACCGGUGAAAGCUGCCACAGUCACCGCCGUUCAUCCAGUAUGCCCAAGGUGGUAGGCAACAGCCACGAAUGUUCUCUCGAACGUUGCGACUCUUCCACCGCCCAAAAGCGGCCUCCCGGCUGCACCUUGUGCUGUUGGCAGUGCUAGUGUGAAGAAGGUUGUUUCUCCGGUAAGAGUGAUUAGAGCCACCCUGACGUCACCUGCUGCAGGUGUGAAUAGAACAGCCAUGCCUGCCGGCACCCUUCGUGCUGCCUUUCCACCUGCCAUAGAGGUACAAGUGGUGCAGUGCUUCUUAAUACUCCUUCCAGUGCAGCGGGCAGCAGCACCAGUGCUCCCGAGCAUCAAGGGUGGAAUGGUGUCGACAGUGGCAAACAGAACAAAUUUGCUCAGUGUUGUCUGCAAUAAACCAGCUGUCACUAGUGCGAGUGUAUCGGCCCCUGUCGUGCAAGGUGCCUCAAAGCAGCUCGCGACCAUUGCUACCACAGCAGGAAAUGUCGCUUACAGCAAACCUGCGUCUGAAAGAACUACAGUGGUGAUGCCGAAGGCAGCACAGUCAGUGAUGCCGUCUACUACCAAGGUAAAAUCUGCACCGAGCACAUCGACUUAUACAUUAGUCAUGCUACCCGGUGCUGGUGGUAGCCAAGGCCAGUUUGUGUUGCUCCCAACAGCAUCUGUCACACCGACAGUCUCAACUCCAGUAGUUCACCAAGAGAAGCAAUCAACUCAACCAUCUGCUUCACCAGGGAACCAAAAUGUGCACAAGAUUGUGUAUCCUGCUGCCUCUUUGCUGGCCCAGCCUGAAAAAGUGGAUCCGGUGAAGAAGUUGCGGGACAAGCUGGAUGCUAUUAGGCUUUGUAACUUCAAGGAUAUGAGAGAGGCUCUGUUUGCAGUGGUUGCUCAUUUUCCCCUGGUCGGUGUCACGGAGUUUGAGAAGCUUAGCUGCUUUCCAUACGCUGCCAUUGAUGCCACAACAUAUUUUUCGUGGCCUCUGCCCAAGCGGCGGGCUUCAGAGUGGAUGCGGGCUUGUGAUGUGCGACGGACUCUCCAGCUGCUGGUGGAACGCCAGCAGCCAUCCUGGUCUUCAUCUUGUCUCCCAUCUCGGCGAGCCAUCGUCCUACUCUGUCGUCGUUUUGGCUUCACACCCCUGCACGCUGACAUUGGUGGUGAAAGUGAAGAAGCGGACAUUGGAGCUGUGGAUUCUGGUGCUCAUGACAGCUACUCUGAGCCAAGUGAGCUGCUCUCCCAACUUGCCAGUGCUGCAGAAGGUGCCUACGAGGAUACAGGUGAUGUUGACGAAGAGUUAGAUGUGGUGGGACUCAGUGGACCUGACAAACUUGACAGUGCCUUCGGGUCAAGAGAAGCCGAAGCAUCUUUGCAGAAACAGAAUACCACAUUGCUGAGUGAUUCUUCACCGGAAAAAUUCCUACCACGCAAGGCAAAAGUUCACUUACCGCUGUCUCCGAAAGCUGCCUUUGUCCGAGAUGCUGCCUCAGAGGUCGGUGUCCACCUCAGCAGCUGUGAAUUAGAGCCUCGAAUCGAUGUCCCGGUUGUGGAGGAAAUGAUUGUCUCCGCUUGUAAAAACUUUGCGACGCAGUUGAUGAGGAGUGCCCUCAACAUGGCAUUCAAGAGGGCUUCUGAUGAAAGGAUACCAUCAGUAGUGACUCUCGAGGACACGUACCGUGGGAUACUGGAAAUAAAAGAGUGCAGUUUCCUGACAAACGAGAGCCUCGGCAUCGAAUCAACAAGGGAAGGCGGUGAUGACACCCAUCUCUAGCAACUGUACAUUCAGCCAUCUUGCACAUGUAAUUAAAGACCAAAUUAAUUGUGGAUACCUGUGAA